AUGGAUAAGGUUGGAGUGGGUAUUGGGUUCAAAAGUGUGUUCUUGAUAUCAAGUCAGCCCCACAUAUUCAGCAACGGCUAUCAGAUCAAGUUCAAUGAGAAACCUUGUGCAGAAUGCAAUAUUGGGUACAUUGUACCUCAGUGGGUGGAAUCCACACCUAGCCUUUCCGACAUCGAAGCAUUAUAUGGGUGCUCAAAGGUCCUACCUACAACUAUCAUCAUCUUACCAUUGAAGAGUGAGAAGAUUGAUGCAGUGAAGAGGCAGCUGUCAAGCAUGCAUCCUGAAAUGCUACUGUUCCUGACAAAGAUCAGGAAACUUUCUGUCCGGGAGGAUAACUCUGAUCCCAGCAAUACAACUGUUAGUGAGAUUUCGAUAUCCAGUGAAAAGAACUACCAAGCCAGGAAGAACAUGCAUGCUGAGUCGUACACAAUCCAUUUAUCUGCUGAAGAGACCGGAAAAGAUGAAGCUGAAUGUGGUUAUUAUAUGUGGAGGCAGAAAUUCCCAGUAAAGCCAGAGAACAGAGUCGAUAAGCGUGCUGAAAUUGAUGAAUGGGUGAUAACCCUGGCCUUCCCACAUGGCGAGCGUCUGUCCCGUGGGAAGCAGCUAUCACCUGGCAUCUAUGCUUUCCUCCCAACUGAGAUGGUAACAAGCUUCCCCUUCAUCAUUCAGGCUGACUUCCUCCUUGCUUCGUCAAGGGAGGCUAUACUGUUUGACAGUCCGUGGAACAAGGGAAUUCUAGAGUGUGUCCCAAGCGCUUUCAUGGAUGCUUUUGUGACACUCAUAAAGUCUGGAGCUGAUGCAUCACCAUCAAUGUCUCUGCCAUCUAUGUUCAACUUUCUACCCAUCAAUUCUUCACAGAUCCCACUGCUUGAGCCAGUUAGGUCUGGCAUCAAAGACAAGGUCCUUGUGGAGGCUAUAGUUCCAUGUCAGUCUUAUGCUUCACGGAAGAUAUUCUGCAAGCCCAGUGAAGUUGCACGGCUGAAGCCAGCAUUUUGGACUAUCCUUGACAAAGCAUGGAAACUCGGAGUGGAUCUGAAGAAUCUGUUGACCCAUGGAACCUAUAUUCUUAGCUCUCAUUUUGACAACAGCAUAUAUGACAGUGUGAUAAACUUUCUGGAAGUGAAAAAUGUGGACCAUGAAUGGUAUGCAAAAUGCAUUGAAGGCUCAAAUCUUGUCAAGGAGGUACAUGAACAGCUUUACCUGGAAAUUAUAUAUUUUGUUGCAGACAAUUGGCAAAACUUUUCUGGUACAAACAUGAUGUCCAUUCCCCUAUUGAAGUAUGUUGAUAGGGGUGGUGUUCUCUCGUUCUGGAGCAUAUCUAGAGCUAGUCAGUGGAAUGAUAGGUUGUGCAUUGCGUCUGAAAACAAGUACAUAUCAUGGCUAAUCAGCUGGAACAGGGAGUUUCUAUCUUCUAACCGGUUCUUUCUGCCUCCCAGCACACAAACAGCUCUAGAAGAUUUGUCGGAGAAGAUAACUGUGAAAAACUGGCUUAAGAAUCAUGCAAGAGUGGAGGUUGUCUCUGUCUAUAGCUAUGCAUCAAGUGUUGUUGAUUCCUUGGGUUCUGAUCAAAGAGCUGUCAUUGCCUUCGCACACUUUCUUUACCACUCUUCCAAGACGCUUCACAUCGAGAGCUACUACUUAUCAGAACUCUGCCGCACCAUGCCAGUAAUUGAUAGCUAUGGCUAUGUUGUCAAGGAAAGAAAUAGAAUUAUAGUUCCUGCCAAGGGGAGCAAAUGGGUUGGUUUGAUGGGUACAAACCCAUGGAGGAAUGAAGGCUACAUUGAAUUGUCAGCAGAUUACAAGUCAGCAGGACAUUUUGCUGGAAACUACACUUCUGAGGACCAGCUACUGGAAUUCCUCGAGACAAAUUUGCAGGCUUCGGAUGUGCCAUUCAUACACCCACCAGAUGCCAGAUUCCCUACUGUUUCAUCACCUCUAACUGUGGAGAAUGCAUUCUUGCUGCUGGAAUGGAUAAGGAAUUUGAAGUCAAAUGGUGUGAGAUUACCAGACCUGUUCUUGACUUGUGUCAAGGAAGGAGUUAGCUAA